AUGGCGACUGUAACAGAAACUGAAGUGUUAAAGACUGAUGAUGAUAUUUUAUCCAUGGUUCGCCAGACAUUUGGUGAGAAAACAAAAGAAAAGGAAAAGGUAACAGACAAAGAAGGAGAAAUAAAAGCUGAUGAAAGAGAGACAGAAACAGAAGAAAGUGGAGAAAAAAGUUUCAUAGAUACAGUUUGUCAAUUACUACAAGCUGAAAGAAAUCAUUGGAAGGAGAGGGUCCAGAAUUCCUUGCAGGAAAUCAACAAACAACAUCGAACUGUUUUAGCUACAAGAGCAUCAUUACAGGAGCUGGUUAAUAGUGUCUAUCCACCAUCCAAUCGUCCAGGUUCUGUAGAGAGCAAACAACAGAAUGCUUCUGAUUUGAUUACAAAAUUACGAUUCUACAUACGAGAUACCAAAUCUGCUAAAGACAGGGUUGCUAGGGACAACAUACUCCAGAGUGAGGUUGUGAUUUUGAAAGAAGAUUUAUCAAGGAUUAAUUUAGAGAAGGAAGACCAUCUUCAAACCAUUUCCAACUUAAAUAAAGAAAUUCUCUGGCUUCAACGGGAACUUGUGUCCGUUAAACAGAAAUUGGAACAAGUUCGUAAAAUUGUGAAAAACUACAACGAGGCACGUUCCAGUUCUUUUCACCUCGACGAUGUUGUUCCACAAGACGUUGAAAUCAAAGAUGGCGACCAUGACUGUGAGCAAUUUCAAAUAAACAUUACACGAGAACGGACUUAUCACGAAGGAGACCAAACUCUACCAGACACGACACCCAGAGAAGCUUUUUCCAUUAUGAAGUUACGUGAACGGCAGAUGACCAACAUUUCCAAACAAUCAAAUGAUGUGUCCACAAUGAAACGAACAUUCAAAAUGGGAAUUGGUAAAUGUCUGCGGUGUCAAAAAUUGUUUCGCAGUAGCGAAAACAAUAACAUGGCAUGUCGGUUUCACCGCAAAGGUCGUGAAAUUACUGAAUGUUACAAUAAUCAUGGGAAGCUACUCCGAGUAGUAUAUAAAUGGGCCUGUUGUAAGAAACCCUUAGAUACAUCAGGUUGUAACCAUGGCUACCAUAUUUAA